AUGUCGAAGCCCCAGAACUCUGUGGAUCAGUAUACGCAGCUAAAGAACCAACUUUCACAGCAAAUAGUGAAAAAGCAGGAACUAGAUUCCCAGCUUCAGGCGUUGGAAAACACCAUCUACGAGAAAGAGAAUGACUACUUCAAUGAAAGCACAUACGGCAACAUCGUAAAGGGAUUCGAUAGUUUUGCUAAAUCUUCUUCAGGUGGUUCCAGUAAGCGCAGAAUGGUUUAUACAGAUGACGAUCACAUCUUCAGUCUUCUGUCAGCUACAUUCGUGAGAACUCUCACGAAGAGACAAGGAACGGGCGCCCCAGAUUACGAUGACUUUGAGGAUUCCGUCGAGCCUCCUGCUAACGGUACCAGUAAUGGAUCUAAGGAGCAGCCAGGUACUCCAGGAAGAAAGAGAAAGGGCCGCUUGGACGACUCAAAAUGA